AAUGAUUGUUUUGAUAAUUCCUCUUUUGUAUAUUGUUUAAAGUUAAACAGCAACUACAAUAAGUUAUGCUAGUUAAGGAUCUGAUUGGACCUCAGGAGUAUGUUCAAGUGAUACUAUUAUUUAUAAUAUUAGGCAGUACUUCUCAAAGUCCAAUCAACUUAGAAGUAUCAUCUGGUACAUGUGACAAUUCUAUGGUUCUUGACAUUUAAUUUAAGAAGGAUGCUAUGUAAAUAGUUAUGGAAAGAGUACAAUAUACAAUAUAAUCGAAAGCAGCAGUCUCAAAUUUAUAUGCAACAGACAUCAAUGGAAAUCUUUAUGGUAUUGUAUUUAAAUAUCUUAGGUUACACUGCAACAUAAUUUAUGUUUCAUGGUCCUUCUGAACAUACAAUCGAAGGAACUAGAUAUGAUCUAGAAAUGCAAAUUGUGCAUGAAUUAAAAGUAAUUUAUAUAUAUAUAUUCAAUUUAAGUCUGAAUUCAGUGCCACCAUAACUAAGGCUGUUGUUUCAAUAUUAUUUGAAGUAUCUAGUACAGAUCAACCAUUUUUUACAACAUAUGAUUUUACAUUGGUGGCAUCUGCUGCAACAAAUACUACUACUAAUUCCACCACUAAUUCAACCACUAAUUCAACUAAUACAUCAACACCAACAUCUGUAACCUCCACAAUAGCUUCAAUUAAUUUCAAUGAUUUAUUAGGUUCAUAAUUAGAUGCUAAUCCAGCUUAUUAUACUUAUGUUGGAUCCUUAACUAUUCCAGGUUGAAUUAUUAUUAAAUAUAUUAGAUUGUGAUGAUAAUGUGAAUUGGUAUAUACUGGAUUCCAUAUUACCAAUCACUUAGACUUAAUUAGAUGCUUUUAAUACUUAUUUUUUAAGCAAUUCAACUUUCGCUUCUGGAAAUGGUAAUAAUAGGGCUAUUCAAUCAACAAACGAUAGAACAAUUAAAAAAGGAGGAGUGGCUUGUGAAGAGUAGUUUGUCUACUUUUUCUCCUUCUUCAUCCUAUACAUUUUUAUUAAUUAUUUCAUAUUCAAAUUGUUAUGA